AUGCUGCUAGGGACAUCACCAAGACUACCAGAACUGCCUUGUUAUGCUGAUCUUUCCCGCGGAGGGAGCCCUUCGACACCCGCGUUCUUGGCAAAAUUCCCCCAUGGCAAAGUCCCAGCAUUCGAAAGGAAAGACGGUACCAUCAUAUUCGAUUCCGACGCCAUUGCGCGCUAUGUUGCCGAAAGCGGACCCUUAGCUGCCCAGCUUGUCGGCGAGACUCCGCAGGAACGUGCCGUCAUCCAACAAUGGAUUAACUUCGCCACCACCGAGAUUAUCACUCAAGUAACGCCGUUGGUGCUUUGGCGAUUCGGCGUUGCCCAGUAUGAUACCAAAGUCGAGGGGACGGCCUUUGAGCGUCUCGAGCGAACCCUUACAACUCUUGAGCACCAUCUACAGGGACGGGAGUGGGUUGCUACCGAGGACCGAUUGAGCCUGGCUGACGUUACUGUGGUAUCUUACCUCAUCUGGGGGUUUGCCGUUGUCAUUGAUGCAGAACUGAGGGCGAAGUAUCCUAGUGUAGUGGCUUGGUAUGAGCGUGUCUAUGCCAUGGUGGCUGUUAGGUUACCCCCAAUGUGUUUCUGUCCGAUGAAUAUAUUGGGAACAGUGCGCUGA